UUCAGGAGAGAGGCCUGAUUAGACAACCGUGGUGUCACUCCACCCCCGAGGGCAGCAUAAGGGAAGGCGAAGGAAAGCAACAUGGAGAAGGGGGAGGAGGAACGAGGCAACUUGGCUGGGGUCCAGCACAUAAUCCUGGUGCUGUCAGGGAAAGGGGGUGUUGGAAAGAGCACCAUCUCCACUGAACUGGCUUUGGCUUUCAAACAUGCUGGGAAAAAGGUCGGCAUCCUCGACGUGGACCUGUGUGGCCCCAGCAUUCCUCGCAUGCUCAGUGUGCAGGACCGAGAUGUUCACCAGUGUGACAGUGGCUGGGUGCCAGUCUUCGUGGACCAGGACAAAAGCAUUGCUCUCAUGUCCAUCGGCUUCCUUCUGGAGAAGCCGGAUGACGCCGUGGUGUGGAGAGGACCAAAGAAAAAUGCUUUAAUAAAGCAAUUCAUCGCCGACGUGGCCUGGGGAGAACUUGAUUUCUUGAUUGUGGACACGCCUCCUGGGACUUCCGAUGAGCACAUCUCCACAGUGGAAUCCCUCCGGCCUUUUCAACCUCUUGGGGCAGUUUUGGUGACCACACCUCAGGCAGUGGCAGUGGGAGACGUAAGGCGAGAACUGACAUUCUGCAAGAAAACCGGCCUGCGCAUCCUUGGGAUUGUGGAGAACAUGAGCGGCUUCGUUUGUCCCCAUUGCUCGGAAUGCACAAAUAUUUUCUCCAAAGGAGGUGGAGAAGAACUGGCCAAACAUGCAGGUGUCCCAUUCCUGGGCUGCGUCCCUCUGGAUCCACAACUUACCAAAAGUUUGGAAGAAGGCGGAGACUUCCUCCAGGAAUUUCCCAAGAGUUUAGCCUUCUCGGCAUUGACAGAUAUUGCCCAGCAUCUUUUGGCUGAGGCCUCCACCUGUAGCUCCUGAGGCAGCAACCAAGAGCGGAGCUCCUGACGGCUAACGUCUCCUCGUUGCUCAAGCAGAAAUGAAUGAAUCUGACCAGGAAGUGGGAGAACGUCUUUGGAGAGCAACAAACUGCACCAGCAGACUUCAGCGGAGCAAAUCAUGAUCCCUGAAAUGGGUGUUGGUGCAUUCUUCCCCUGGCAAAUGGGGGACCCGCUGUGUGCUUUGGAGUGAUGCAGUUAACUUAAGUCAGCCCUUCAGUUAUUUCAAUUUCACCCAUGAUGAACCCUGGUCCAAUGUGGUACUGUAUUACACAUGAGAUACAUGUUUCUGAGAGAGAGAG